GUCCCGUUUAUUCAGUUUAUUUGAGUCAAUAAAGAUAAAGGUGUCCUUGCAACAACCCUUAAAUAGUAAAUGGAGUAUCCCCAAGAAAGCAGAGAACAAAGAACAUACAAUCAUCAAAUUGGGUAUAGCCAUGUUCCUAAGUUUUCUACUUGUGGGAGUAUCCGGUGUGGUGGCAUCACCAGUGCCUUCAUCAUCGGGACAAGUUGUCUGUGUCAAGAGGGACGCCUGUACAUGUGACAUGAGUGAUGGGUCAGGCAGUGUCAGCCUGCACAGUCUGGCCCGUCCAGAAGCACCUUAUGAACUGGACAGCAACUCUUACAGAUUCAUGUAUAGCCCCUGUACUGCUAUGAAACAUGCUAAGGGAGAGUGUGAACAGGACACGUCUGUGUGCUUGGAAGGAAGAGAGGAAGACUUCGGUUACAACUUCGGCAGAGCGUCAGAUCCUGAGUUUAUAACAGAUAAGAAUGGGAAUGUGACUGUACAAUACACGUCAGAGGUUGGAAAUAAAACCAGGACGGCCAAAGUUCAACUUGUUUGUGAUCCAUCCGUGACUGAACGCCCCCUUUCGAUGUUCAAAGGCAUGACAGAAACAGCUAUGAAUUGGACGUUCACCACCGUUUGUGCUUGCCCCGGUGCGUGCGAGUCUCCAGCAAUCACUUGUGACCUGGUUGACUCUUGCUCAUGCGCAGUGAACGGAGAUCUAGGUGUCAUUGACCUUCGUAAUAUGCUGAUUCCCCUGAGUGGACCAAAUGGAAACAAUGUGAUGUUUUGGAACCUUUGUUCUGGUCUCCUAAUGGAAAAGGACGUCAAAUACGAGGUCAAAGUCAUUUGCGACCAUACUGCGCAUGCUCCACGGCUGAACGCGGUGAAAACUCAAACGGGCUUCAAAUUGAGUCUGGUAUCCCGAUGCGCAUGCGUCAUACAAAAUCGUUCCAAAGUCAAAAUGGCUGCGAAAAUGACGACAUACCUGGGCUUCCACUCAGGUUAUUGA